UCAGUCUGUUCAUACAUUACUGGGAAACUAACGUCCUGUUGCUCUCUCCCACUUUCAUUUAUUGCGGGGCCUGGGGAUUAUGGAGCUGGACGAUGCAACAGGCUGCUUGCAAGCUGGGAAGAAUAUACAGUGUUGACGUCUGUCUUCCUUUGGCUGACACUUAACCUGCUUGAUCCACUUGGGGUUUCCUUCUAGCCUUGGAUGUUUAACCCCUUAACUGAGAAGCUAUCCUAAUCCUACGUCCAAAGCGAGAUGAUCAGACAUCAGGUGCCUUCCUAAGGCCCAAAGGGUUAAUCCAUGGCAGAGUAAAUGGAUAACAGUUUGGCAAAGGUAAGUCGUGCCCAGCUCCUGCACACACGAAGACCAGUUCAUCUGCAAGUACUGUCUUGCUGCUUUGCACCAUUGCUACAUUAUACCACAAGGAAAAUAAUGUGACUGCCACAAGGUCUCCAGAAAGGUCUGUUUUUCUGCAAGUUUGGAAUUCCCAGUCCCCUUCUGAACGUCCAAAUGAGGGAGCACACCUAUAAGGUCUCCAGUUUAUAUACGGAAGGUGAUGCUUUUCUAGACACUCCGAGACACAAGAAUGAAAGGGAAAAGAAGAGUCUUGGUUCAGUGAUCCGAAAAGUAUCCUAAAGAAUGAUUGGCCACAACCCACAUGUGAUAAAGAUGUGCAAAUCUAGGGGUUUUGCAAAGCAUCAAGCUGUCCACAUCUUCUGAGUUGAAUCAUGACGGGAGAGACAAAACAUGUGUAUGCCAUCAGCACCAAGGAAUCAAACUGCAAGGACUCUCAAAGUGGCUCAGCCUUUGAACAGUUCAACAAUAAUGAAAGAGUGAUCUCUUCAACUAGUAGUGCAUCAGACACUUGUGGAAAUACCUUAUCUGGUUCAGGAAACAAAGCAUCUCAGUUAAAUGGAAGGGACAAAGAGACACAUAAUCAGAGGGAAGCUAUAAUAAGACCACAAAAAGCAGGAAAGAUUGAUUUCAAAUUAUUGCACAACAGACCAAAAUUUUCUACUGACACUUCAUGGACUAACAGUAGAAGCAAUGCACUUUCACCCACAGGAAAGAGUAGGGGGAAAGAUAAAACAAGGCGAUCUGGAAAAGGAGACCGCACUCAGUACCAGCUAUGCAGACUUAAUAUUACAAAUUCAAGACCAAACCCUACCAUUGGAAUUGCCUACCCUCAGCAACAGGUAACACCGCCUAAAAAAUUAGAAGUUAAUCAAGGACCUAUCGCAGGAAGUUACCGCUUCCAUGUCCCCAAUGUACCUGAGAGGGAGACAGAACUACAGCAGAAGGACCUUAGCUUCAAUCGAUGUUUCCAGGAGUCCAGUCCAAGCCUUACCUCCACCAGUUAUACCUCAGCUUCAGUUUCUAGGGGUCACCCUGGAUUAAAACUUCAGCCACCGCUGGGCAACCUUCAUGAAACUUCCGGCUCUAAUGUUCAGCUGCAUUUUUUAGAGUUUCAACAGAAUGGAAACUCCUGGCAUCCCUCUGAAAAAAACUUUUCAGGAGCUAAUAGCUAUGGUGUCUCAAAUCAAAAACGUUGUACAUUUUCCGAGGGCAAGAAGUCAGACCCUCACUGUUUUGGAUCCAUGCAGUAUCAGUAUCCAUUUCAGCCACUGCAGGAAGCAACUGGUAAUACAUUCUGCAACAAUGCUGGUGGCCAGGAAUUUGUUGAUGUCUCACUGUCAGUAAACCAGUUAGCACACAAUGCGUUCUCAUUCCAGUCAUCAUCAAGAGAAGGACCAGAUGAUCCACAAAGUAAUGGGCCUUAUAAUGGUGUAGACAGAAGGACAUAUGUGCUUCCUUCCCCACAAGCUCCAUUUUUACAUGUACAGCAGGAUGCUCAACAUUCACCAACUCUUCCAUGUUACACAGGAAGGAACGAACAUAACAGUGAUCACAAUGGUGCUAUUAUUUCCUCUGGUGCUAUAACUUCCUCUGGUGCUAUAGAUCAAACCCAAAGCACUUUUCAAGAAAGUCAGUCUGUAUUUAAUAAUGAUGAAUUAAGUUUACAUAGUAAUGGUAUGCCAACAUUAGGCAGCAAGAGGCAGCCUCCGACUAAAGACUUUGCACCCAGUCAAAAACUUCUGACUUCAGGAAAUGCACUAAGAAGGAAUAUGCCACAGGAUUCUCUAAAUCAAGUGCACUUCCCUAGUAAAGGCUAUAGCAAUGGAAACACAGGAUCUGCACCUUUCGAUAAAAGCAUUUCCAGAUUACCUCAGACUUGGGAUGCAGGAAGUAAGACAUUCCCACCUAUGGACCAAAAUUCUGCGUCUUUUGCAAAUUCUUCUGGAAAGCUUGUACCCUACCAAUGCCAAUCCAAUCCUGAUCAGAGACAGCAGUUAAAACAUGAUAAGAUUCCAUGGCAACAAGUCCAUCUUAUGCCUCCAGUGACGAGCCAAAAUCGUCUGGAGUUGCAAAGGCAAACUGGAAACCAAAAACGUAUAUAUCCUUCUUCCACUACUGAGUGGGACAAUAACAAUAUAAAGCAAAAUAGUUCAGCGGAGUAUCACACAAAAAAGAACCUAACAGUCGAGGGGUUCUCUACACAAAGAACUGAUGGAAUUAGACAGAGCUACAGCUUUGGCAAUGCUGUAAUGUAUGACAGUGUAAAAGAUGCAAGUCCACAAAUAUGUGAGUCAAGAAACAAAGGUGUGUUGUUCGGAAUAAACCAACAGGUACAGCACGCCCCAUCUGCAAGAAAGAAUAACAACCAAUCAGGGAAUUUAGCAGCAGUCUCUCCCUGUGAAUCUCCACUUCCUUCACCUGUUACUAAUGCAGUCUCUGGAAGCACCUGUUCAUCUCUUUCACCGAUGUCUAGUAGUCCUCUGAAUCCCAGUUCUGAUGAAAGUCAAAAAUCUACACUUAACUUUUCCCCAUAUUUCCAUCAGCCAUGUCCUCCAGUGGAAGGAAAACCUUUCCAUCUCACAGAUACUUUAAAUUCUAAUUCUCUUAUGUACCACCCACCCGAGGCUAUGAAACAAUUUAGUUAUUUAACAGAGAUAUCCAAGGAUGAACAUCUCUUUAAAAAUACACAUGAAAGUCAAUACACAAAACAAAGCAAUGGUUCCAGCAAUGAUUGUAUGGAGAACUUUGAAACUGAACCUCCUCCACCUCCUCCUUACUCUGCCCAACACUUGCUAGCCAAUUCACUCAGCAGCACAAAUUUGGACCAGUUGAAUGUCCUUCUUACAUGCAAACAGUGUGAUCAAAAUUACAGCAAUUUGUCUUCUUUUCUUGAGCAUCGUCAGUAUUGUAGCAUGAAUUUUAAUCCUCAGAAUGAUUUGAAGGAUCCCCUACGAGCUUCUGAGGUCAGAAAACAAGUUGUAGAUCCCUUAAAGGCAACUCAGACUACUUCAGGGCUCUCUAAAGGUCCACUAGAGAUUCAGCAACAACUGAUUGGCUUCAACAAAGCAGUUGAUUAUUUUCUUGAAAGUGAUGCCAAAGGGGAUUUCAAGGAUGAGUCAAUGAAAGUUAAUACAUUUCACAGCUUGACAUCAAAUAUGUCUUUAACAUCUUGUGACACAUUAGAAAUGGAUGAUGCCAAACUUGAUAGUCUAAUCACAGAAGCAUUAAAUGGAUUAGAGUUUCAAGUAGAAAAUGCAGAAAUAGACAGCAGUUUCAUUGAUGUUUUUGUUGAUGAUGAUCCAUCUACACCAAAGGCAGUGGCAUGUGGUCAGGCCUAUAAAUUAAAAGAGCCCAUUGAACACAAAAGAAAGCAAACCAAUGUAAAAGAAAAGCAAGGUCAAUCUAAACAGACUCAAUACAUCUAUGAGGAAAACUCAGACAUAGAACAUUCAUGUAACCACAGGAAUAAAAUAAAGAGACAGAGUGAACAGAAAAAUGCAGAGUUUGAGCCAAUUCACCCAUAUUACUUUGAAAAAGAUAAACCAGAUAUUGUAAAAAAGAAUCCAGAAGUGCUGGAAGAUCAUGAACUAGUCAAGCAAGGUAAAGAUGAGGAGGAUUUUAAUUCAGAACUAAAAGGGAAAAUAAGCAUAAUUAAAAAUGACCCAGAGAUUUUAUAUGACAACAAAAAGCACCAUGAUUCUCAACGAGGGAGAAACAAAAAAACAUCUUUGCCUGAUUUCUCCAUGAUUGAGAAUCAAAAGCCACAUAUGCCAAGCACUAAGGAGGUAAAGAAAAAGAAAUCAUACAAUGGAACAUGGAGUAAAGAAUUAAUUCAUAAAAUUGUACAGCAGAAAAAUAAGCUUCAUAAGCUUCAUGUGAAAAACAAUAAAAAUGGACAGUUUUCUUUAGUAACAGAAAGACAUUUUCCUGCAAAUAAAAGCCAUCCAUUUGCGGAAUAUGACUACAUUUCAGAUUCAGAGGAUGACAGUUUCAUCUCUUCUUCACCAGAAAAGAGAACACCAAAUGGCAAACUAAAAUAUGCUUUCAAUCGUGACCAUCAUGGAAGAGAAUUGAGGAUAAAAGCCAAAGACCCUGUUUGGCGGGUGGGAGAGGCUACACGAUUUCAAUUAAAAAAUAAAGAUUUGAGAAAUAUGAAGAAAGACAUGAAUAGGAUUAGGAGAAGAAGCAGUCAGUCUUCAACCAGCAGUGACCAAAGCACAAGUAAUUCAAGUGAAACAGGUUCAAGUCCGAAGAGCACUGAAAGAACAGAUUCUGAAUUUGAGCAAGAUGCAUUAAUAAGUCAUCAUGGCUUGGAUGUAUCCACCCGGAAUAUAGCUAUAAAACCUCUAUGUAAGGAAUCAUUACCAAAGACAAUGAAAUCUCAAAUGGAUUAUUCCAAAGGAACCAAAAAGUUUGGAUCGGCUAGGUUUCUACUUGCAGGCUCGAAGACGUAUCAAGCAAAGUUAAGUAAUUCCACAAAUUUUGAAGAUAAAAGCAAAUUACAGAAAAAUGAUGAAAAUGAAUGCUCCAAUAAAAAUAACUGUGUGAAAAGCACUGACAGUCAUUAUAUCAAGAAAGCAGCUGAUGAAGAACAAAGAGUAAGCUCUUUUCAUAAGGCUGUUGUCGCCAGCACCUUAUCACAAGGGAUCCAUCCUCCAGAUCUAAUACAAAAUGCAAAAAUAUUAUCACAGCAGUGUUCUUCCUUUCAAAAAGAUUCCAUUAACUUCCAAGAAACAGAGCUCAAGGAUUCCACCUGUCUUCCUGCAGAAUUUAAGCCUGCAUUAAGCAUGGGUUUCUCUGAUGCUAAUGACAAAUAUAUUAAAGAAGGACUACAUAGUGAUCUCAAAGACUUUGCUAUAGCUGGAGGCUGUUACAGUGCAGAUCCUGUAGAACUUAUCUCAACAACAAAAAAUCAAGAGACUUAUACCCAUCAUAAUCAAGCAUUCCCUGAACAUACAGACUUACCCAGUUUUUAUGAUAACAACAUUUUUUGUAAAACUCAAAACCUUGCAUCCCAAAUGGGUCAGGAGUAUCUUAAUCAAAGUUCUCUCAAGAGCAACAAUGAAACAUUUGAGCACAAGUCCUCAAAUUCACCACCCUUCCCUUCAAAAAACAAUGAUGAGAACAAGUUAUCAUCGACACUUUCAUUUGAUUCACCCUCAUUAUUUGCUGAGUUACCUAUGUCAGAGUUUGGAUCCCCAUUGUACACCAAUGCUCAACCUGCAAAAGACAGCUAUGUUGAUUAUAUUUGUACUGAUGAUCAACUAAGCAAAUCAACAGGCUUUGAACAGCAGUAUCCCCAGUUUUUGCAAGAAAAGAGCUGGGACAUAACUGAAGAAGCCUCCACAAUAAUAUGUAACGACAUGGCCCAUUUUCAAGUUUUAGACAGCCAAGAUACUGAGAAAUACCAUGAAGUACCUGGCUCAUCCAGACCAGUUUCCCUGGCCUUAUCAGAAACAAUUACAGAUUUCAAUACAGCAUUUAUAAAUACCAUAUCAGAAGAUGAAUUAGAAAUCAAAAGGUUAGUUACAGAACUUGAAAGCCAACUUCAGACUAAUAAAUUGCACAAUGAGGCAGCUUCUCAGAUGUGUUUAAAGAAUCCAAUCAGAUUUGAACUUCCUGAUUCGUCGGCCCAAUUUCAAAACAUGGUGGUAAGUUCAGCUGAAAUUCAAAGAAAGAACAUGUUUUUUAAGGAAACUCGUGCAAACAAAAAUGAGAUUAAUUGUUCAGGAACUACUGUCAGUAUGAAAACCAACCUUCAAGAUUGUCAGCCACUUGAAAAGGUUGAAGAAAGCCGUGGGAAUGUCAAGAGUCCUUGGACUUGUUCUGUACAGUUUGACACAUUUAAUUCCAAAAACCAGUGUCAUGAACCAAGGCCACAUGGUUCAUUUAGUUCAACAGACAACUGUAGCCAGUAUCAGUUACCACUAAAUGUAGGCUUACAAGAAGAACUAAAUUCUCUGCCUAACAUAAUUAUUUCCCCUACUGCCAUGCCUGAUGUAUCAAAGGAUCAAAGUUUUUCUGAAAAUGACGUAGUGCUAAAAACUGUGACCACAACUGACUGUAAGAUUCCUGAAAAUUAUGACAAUAAAACUACAAAAAUUGAUUCCGUACAAAACAACUCUAGCCAAGAUUUUCCUAACAAGCAGCAGCUAGAUGACAACUUUGAUGAUCCACCAGAACUGGAACCAUUUCACAGUGGUCCUGAAUCAUUUCAUUUGCAAGGUAGUAAUGCACCUUUAUUAAAUAUAACAAACACGCCAGAGAAUAAGCCCAUUUUAUCUAAUGAGAGACUACCCAGUUCAUUAUUUGGAUCUGAUAGCCCUGUUUCAACAGUACAAUUAAGAUGUAAUGAAAACAGCUCGUGUAGGAAAGAACAAUCUCCAGAGUCUGUCAGCUGCAGAAAACAGUUAAGUAUUGAAAAGACAAACCAAAGCAACUUGCUUCUCCUUGACAUGCCAGUUCUGGUAAAGGAAGAAAGUGCAGUUUCGGAAAAAUUACCAGUUGUUCAAGAAUCAACAGAUAACCCAUUGCAACAGCUCCAAUUAUUUGUUGCAAGGACAGCCAAAACUAACGAAGAAGAAAUGCUGAUACCAUGCUUUCCAUUGUUGUUACCUACAACCUCCCAUGCAGGGUCUCAGUCAGAAAUGGAAAGUGAUUCCUUCUAUGUUGCUGAAAAUGCAUUAUCAACUUCUACAGAGGCUUCUGAGACCUGCAUCACAACAGCUGAGCUAAAAGAAACACAUGACUUAUCUGAAGCCAAAAAACACUCAACUGUUGAACAGCUCCAUGCACUGGAGAGUGAGGAACCAUGCUCUGAAAUACUUCAUCAGUCAUUAAGCAGUACAACACCAAAAGAAGGUGAUUCAUGUCAUAACUUAGAAAAUAAAUGUCAAGAUGUUGUCGAUGUUGUAAUGGAGUGUGGGUCACAAGGCCAUGAAGACAAGGGCCUUAGUAAUGGAUCUGAAAAGCAGAUAAGAAAGACACAAAAGGUAGAUAAUCAGAAACCAUCUGACAUAAAUGAAAACAACAUAGCAUUGAAACAAAAUGAACAAAUAGAUUCAACCUCUUUCAAGUUUAUAGCCGAAACUGAUGCAUUUACAGUUUCUUCAAAGAAUACAUCUACUGCAACAAGCAAUACAGAUAUACAUUCUCAUUCUGACCUUCAACAUGAAGACUAUGUACUGCCGUAUACCAUAAAUACAGACAUACAAAAAAUUUGUAAAGAUACAAAUAAUCAUGAAGCUUUUAAGGCUUCCAAAGAUACCCCUGUUUUUUUAAGCCCAGAAAGCCACUUGAAGGAUAUGAAUAUGGUGAAAGAAAAAGACAUUUUCAUGGGAAAUGAUGAAGUCAGCAAGUGUACCACUACAGAGUUCAAUAUAAAAUCAGAUACAUCUCUUUAUGUUGAGGAACCAUCUGCUCACUUUCCCUUGCAUCACGGUCAUCUGAAAGCAUUGCAAGAAGGCAGCCUUGAAUAUCACAUUCAGCUUCAAGACAUAAAUGAGCAUUCAGUAAAUUCACAGUUUGGCUUUGAUGCCUUCGCUCAUAUUCCUGCGGAUGCUUCUGAACAAAUGGUCUUUUCAGCAACAGAUAAUGUUUCAUGCUCUAGAGACAAUAAAGUGUUAGAAAGCAUAACAAAGUGUCAAGUAAAAGGUGAAACAUCGCAUUCUGAGGAUGCAAAAGCCCAUACAAUUGACGGGACAGAUGCACUUAUUUAUACAAAUGAAAACAGGUAUGCUGACUCUUCUUUGGUGAUUUGUCCGACACAGCCAACAAAACUAAAAGACUUAAUUUCACCAAUCUCUAAAGAAAACAUACCAUCUUGCUUUUGCCCUGACCUAUUAUGCUCAAGCUAUAAAGAACACCUGACUAAUCCUGUUGCAGAUAUUUUGCUCAGGUGUCAUUCAAUGCCUGCCAGUGAUGGCUAUCCAAUGUAUACUGAAACUGAUAACAAUAAGCAAUAUUCAGCCCACCAGACCCAACUUUUUACAGAAGACUUGGAAAUUAUUAGAGAGUCUUCUAUGUGUGGCCAAAAGGAUGAAAAUAUCACAUGCAACUGGAGCAAUACAGCUGAAAAUAGCCAUAUAAACUGUGAAUUACACAGUGAAGACAGAGAAGCACCUUUGACAUGUGACCUGAUGGACAUUGCUGAAUCGGAGUUUGCAGGCUUAAGAAAUCAAGAGGCUUUGGGAACAACAGAUGCAAGAUUAAUUCAGUCUGCCAAAGACCCAGCAAUUAUUGAAAAUGUUAAUACAUCUGUUGAAUCUGAAAUAAAAUGUACCAGUGAUAUGGACUCGGUUAUAUUGCGCAUUCUGGAUUGUGAUAAGAGCAAAGAAAUAUUAGAAAGCAUUGGCAUCCCAUCCAGAAAUUGUCAUAUUAAAGACAAGAAGCCAACUGCAAUGUCACUGACAUGCAAUAUAUGCUCCAUAUCUUUUAAAUCAAAAACAGGAUUGACAAGGCACAAAGCUGUUAAGCAUAACACAAAAAAUGAUGGGUCAGUCAUACUGCAAAAAGAAAUUCCAGCAAGUGAGACCAGUUCUGCAAUCCAUAAUUGGGGCCAUGAGGACCAAAUUGGACAAAAAACCUCCAAAACCUUAAUACACCAAACAUGCAACACUGACUCGAUUGCUCAUAAUCCAUUCACAGAAACCCAAAACCAAGAGUGUGGCCUUCCACAUCCAUAUGUGAUCUCCAAUGACAGUGCUUUAUCGUCAAAAUCAAAAGGGGGCAAAAAGGAUAAAAGCCAAUCUGAUACCCUUGAUAGUUUGGAAGAUGCUUGCAAAAAGAAACUAAAUGGCAAGGUAAAAAAGAGGAAAGCUAAGCUACCUGUGAACAAAUGCACUGAUUCUCAGGUUCCCUCUGAUGAUAUUUUGAACAUGCUCAAAACAAAUCUUUUAAAGGCAAUAGGUCAAACAAGUAGUUUUUCUUCCAAUGAAGACAAAAAUGCAUGGAACCAGCCUUCAAAGAAUGAUAAUCAGCAAGUGGAAAAUGGUAUUGAAAAUAGUUUGGCAGAGCCAUUUACUACCAAAACUUUUUCUGUUGAGGCUGAUGAGGUGAUGAGGAUUGCUAUAGAUCUUCAAAAAAAUGGAUCUGUUAUACUUGGUGAGCAGAUAUGGGAAAAAGAUGCUAAUGAACAACCUGAACAGGUAGGAAAUGAUGUACGUGAUACAGAAAUACCAUUAAAUGAAGAAACUCAGUUUAAUCAAGAGUCAUCCAUAAAUGACUUAGACAUGUGUUUAGAAAAGAACCUUGAUGUUAAAGAUAUAGAUUAUUCCAAAAAAGACCUGCUGGAGUCUGAUGCAUCAAAGGAAGCAGAUCAAGACCUACAUAGCUUGUUUGAUGAUGAUAACACAUUUUCCCAACUUUUUCCAAGAGAUGAUCAUUUUAUCAGAAGAAAGUGUACCCGAGUCUAUGGAAAGAAGGCUAAACGACAGACACCUCCAUUUGAACCAGACAUUAAAAGUAUGCCAGAAUCAACCCAUACUUCUCAUGCUACAAACUACACAUGUAAUUAUAGAAAUAUUUCCAUAGACUCAACGUUGAUCUGUGACAACAACUCUAGUAUAACUGCAGAACCUCAUACAGAUCACACCAGUCUAGUGAAGACAGGAACUGAUAUAGAUGAAAUAAGAAUAAUGCCAAUAUCUCCAGUUCAUUUGAUGGAAAACAAUCAUAUGCCUUUGCUGCCUGGAGAAAGCCAAAAUAUAACAGAGGGAAAUGUAUGCUUUGAGGACAGCCUGUAUAAUUCAGUUGGAGGAUCUAAAGAUUCAUUUGCACCAAUCAGAGAUUCAGAGUUGGAAGGCAAGUAUAACAGCAAAAUGUCAGACAAUACAAGUCUCCCAGAGUUUCCUACAAUUGACAUGAAGAUGCUUAGUGCAAAGUUUGACAUGAGUGAAUUGUCUUUUUUUAGUGCUUGUGGGGAUGAUUCUGACCAAUCUGAUGUAGAGACUCAAGAUGUAACAACUAAUGGAGGUCAACAAAAAAGAAAUUCCAAAAAUAGAACUGGUGAUAAAAGACAGGCACGACAUCAUGGUAAUAUAAAUAUCAAAACCAAGGAUAAGCAAUACAAAUGUAAAGUGUGUUUCCAAUGGUUUCUAACAUUGGGUGAACUGGAUUUCCAUAAACUGACUCAUAAUCCAUCACCUCCACCGACCUGCUACAUGUGUGUUCAGAGAAAGUUUAGUUCCCGAGAACAAUUACGAGAUCACCUAAAAGAGAAACAUUCAAAAAAUAAAGCGGGCCUCUGGAUAUGUGGAAUGUGUUUAAAAGAAAUCUCCGAUGUCUGGAUGUACAAUGAACACUUACGGGAACAUGCAACACAGUUUGCUAGGAAAGGUCAGGCACAGAAAUCAGUGAUAGGGAUACCUGGCUGCUUUUCUGAAGACAGUAUGGUUAGGACAUUCCUAAGCACCUUCAUUUAUAGAACACCCAGUAAGUCAUCCAAGACAACUGAUGGGGAGGACAAAAGUCCAUCAGUCAAAAAACAAAACCAAGCAGAGCAAAAAGAUGAUGAUGACCUAGUGGUGGAAAAAGAACAAGUGAGGAGUAUCCAAAAUAUUACACCUGCUCCAGUCCAUGUAAAGCUCUCGGUCAGUGCUCCUUUGGAAACUACACAAAAGAGUGACACAGUUCAGAAAAAUGUAUCAGUUCACCCCCAUUGCAAGGAUCCUUCCAGAGAUUGCCACCAUUGUGGAAAACAAUUUCCGAAGCCAUUUAAGCUACAGAGACACUUAGUGGUACAUAGUUUGCAGAAAAUUUAUUUAUGCCAUAGAUGCCCCAAUUCUUACCAGGAGGUGCAGGAGUUAAGGAGUCAUCUUAACAGCAAGCAUCAACUGGCUGAAGAAGAGAUUGAAAUAAAGCACACCACCCUUUAUGCAUGUGAAUUAUGUGCAGAUGUCAUGCAUGUGAUAAAGAAAUCCUUCAUCUGUAGCACAUGUAACUACACAUUUUCUAAAAAGGAGCAGUAUGAUAGGCACAUGGAAAAGCAUUUAAUUGGGGGCAGUAUGAUCUUUAAGUUUCGGGGAGUCAUGAGACCAGGCACUUCAGGAAAGGAAGUCAGAGAGAAAAGAAAAGAAGCCAUUACAAAUGAAAACAUCCCGCCCCCCAAAAAAACUAAAAAUAUUAGUGAAAGUGAACCAGACUCACCUCCUGCUUUAACCUGUUUUGAUGUUAAAACCAGCGGAGGUCAAUCUCCUUAUUCUGAAUUUGCCUUCUCAUCCCAAUUAACAUUAAACACAGACUUGAGCAAUAAAAGUGAAAAUGAACAAGAUAUUGCAGUGAAAAUAGAAUAUAUGCAGGUCGAUAUGCCAACAAUCCAUGAAGAAAGAAUCAUGGAUGACAGUUUACUAGCCAUGGGAGCACUAUGCAUGUCACCUGUUGUUGAUAAUCUAAUGAAAACCAGUGAAGAUAAAGAAGACAAAGAGGAAGAUAUUGCAACUGAGAUGAUGAAGAGUUUAAGUGCUGAAAUUGUCUCUUCUACAGCAAAAUGCAAUAAACCCAUUAUGAAGGGUGAGGAGGAUGGCAACAAAGAACCUCCUAUUUUAAAUAUAGAAUGUCCAAAAAUAAAGAAAAAGUUGAUCUCAUCUAUACAAGUGGAAGAGACAGCCAAUGUCCCAGAACUAGAAUGCCAACAAACUGGCACAGAUGAUGGGUUUUGCCAAUUCCUCUCCAAUGAAGCUGCUGAACUGUCUACAUCAAACAAAGAUAUGUCUGUUGAAGACAACUCCCACAGUGAUGUUAUAAAGACUGACAAAGAAGAUACCAUUAAAUCAGUUCCAGUGGAGGCAGAUAUCUCUGGCUUGAUUCCCAAAGAAAAGGCAAUGAUUCCCGAAGUACAUGUUUCCUUAAAAGAUUCCAAAAGCCUUAAAAAGAGCAGAUCAGCCAGUCAUAUUACUAGCAAGACUGUCAGUCAAAUGGGUGUUACAGCUGUUUGUGAUGAAGAUGCAAUAAAGAAUUCAUUAAAGCCAUGUACACCAAAAGCAAAAAACUUACUUGAGACAUCUUCUUUUGCUAAAAAAGAAAUGAACCUUUCAAAGCAUGCAAGUGUGGAUACAAUCAAACCUUCUGACAAAGUAACGGCAACUGAGCUCUCUAAGAUGCACCCAAAGAGCCGCAAAGAGCACAAGAUAAGUGGUACUAAGGCAUGCUCUGGCUCCCAGGAGAAUCUUUCUGGUGAUGGAAAAACAAAAAAGCUAAAGCUACUAGGCACUGGAAAGACAGAGACUAUCGGGAACUUAAAGAAACCAGAGUGGGCAUAUGGUCUUUCAGCAUUUUCAGAGCUCAAAGAUGAGGCUCUUUUAAGUCGACACCAUUCCAAGCCAAAUUCAGGAGGUACCAACAGCCAGUUUAAAAAAAAUAUGAUUGAUGCCCACAACCAGAAAAAACAGAACUGUAAGUUGAGUAAUGGGGAGUACAAAAGCAAAAAUUCACAUAUAACAAAAACUUUGCAUCCGUUUGCUCCAAAAUGUUCCACUUCCUCUCCAAAUAGCGUUUCGAAUAGGCGCAGACUGGGCCCAAACACAAAACCCACUGAGCCAUUAAACUACAGGACUGCUGAAUCACAGAACAAUUUGUUAAGUCAACUAUUUGGACAAAAGCUUACUAGCUUUAAAAUUCCUCUUAGAAGAGAUGUAACAGACUGAGACUGUUUGAAAUAGGCACUGUUGGCAAAAAGGGAAAAAACUUGGACUCCCAGAAUUUAAAAAAAAAUUCAAUUUUUUUUAAAAUCGUUUUCUCAUUUGAGCUUAGCAAAACUUGCACUGCAGUGUGUAUGUAAAAUUGUUUCCUUUAUGUGCUGUAAUAUACUUCAGCGUCGCUGAUUUCUCAUGCAAAUGUGGGUUAUUGAUUUACAUUUCUAGGAAUAGAUUUGCAUUGGGUAAACGGAGGUCCCCAGUUUCCUAAUGCCGUCUAGACUUUUCCUUAGUACUUCAACAAGUACUGAGGUUAUAGGCAUCUUCCCAGAAAUCGAAUCCUCCUAUGUUUCAUUUGUUUUGCACAAGUCAAUAUUUCUAGCUCAUUUUAACAUAGCUCCCAAUCUAGUUACACUUUAACAAACAUUGAGCAGGUGACAUAAAUAUGUGUGAAAAGUUAUGUGGUCUGUUUCAUGUUCCUUUGAUAUCAAUGUUCAACAUGCUGUUCUCCAGUUCCUGCUAAACUAGAAUUCCAGCAUCUCCAUGCUGGAAACAUCCAUUCCAUAGCAACUGGAUGGACAACCCUAUUGUAACAGCACUUUUAUCUAGAAAGGGGCCCUGCCAUGUCUAAAUGUUUAAUAAUCAAUAUAUGCCAUUCUAGAAGAUUUAUAAUGCUGCUUUUUAGCUUUUAGAAAAUCAUUUUUGUGAAAUGAGUGCAGGGAUGGGUAACAUGUAGCCCUCUAAGUGUGUUGCUGAAAUACAGCCCUUGGUGAACCCAUCAACCGUCAGAAGGCCAUAUGUUGCCCAAACCUGGAUAAGUGCACACAUUGCAUUGACUACUUCAGUCAUUGCCCAAACACACUGUAGCAACUGUAUCCUAAAAAAUAUGUUUUGCUGGGAAGAUUGCAGGUAUUUGCAGCUGCAGCCUACAUUGGAUCCAGUUAAUUCACAAUAUAUUAGGAUAAUCCCCUACAUAGCGGUAUUAGGCAAGUGAAAUGCACUUGCUCUGGGCAGGAAAAUAUCUAUUCUAGCCUGUCCUUAGGCGUUUCUCAUGUACUCGCCAACACUGGACUGAUGUGGCGUCCCACAAUUACACAUAACUAUGCUUCGGAUUCCGUAUACAUUUCCUAAUAGAUAACGCAUAUUAUCCAGUUGAGAAUAUACACGACAUUGUUUGUAUUAUUGCUAUUAUUUUUAUUAUAAUAUUUUUUUUUCAGCUAAGCCUGUUUUGGGUUUUGUUCAAUAAUGUAUAGUUCAAUCCAAAACGUUCUAUUUCCUACUGUGUAUUGUUCCUAGUAUCCAGUUUCUGUGACCACUGUAAAUAACCUGAAGGUAUCAGUAUUUUGUAAACACUGCAUAAUGUAACAGAGAAACUGUGCAAUCUCGGCUGCUUGUAACCCAUUAACACUUUCACCGCUACAUAAGCCUGUGACACUGACGAGUUUAAACCUUUCAUUGUUUACUCCGUGCUCCUGAGUUUGAAGGAUUUAUCAUGCAAUCCAAUAAUAUAACUUGCUUGACAAUCUUACUGUAACGCCCCCAGAAUCCUUUGCUUUCCAAACGAUGGUGCUAUUUGUUCAUAGAUCAAGUAAUGUGAAAAGAGACUGAAAUUUUCAUUGUCCAGUGCCGGUACAGUGUUAAAAUCACUCCACGCUCUAUCCGACUUUGUUUUUUUUAUUACUUAAGAAUAUAUAAAUAUAUAAUAUGUCAGAGAUUGGAACUCAGGUGCAAUGUACGUUCACCCUGAUUCUACAGAACACCUCUAUCCAACAGGACCAUUCAAGGCACUGAUGUAGCGUCAGAGGCGUGAGUACUCUGCACAGAUCCUAAGUAACACAAAACGCAAAGCUUCCUCCUGUUAAUAUGUAUCAUUAAAGUGCAUUUUUAUUGUAUAAAAAAAUAUUCUACUUACUUGGUGCAAUGCGUAUUUCUAAAGAUUUUAUUUUGAUAUUUUUGUCCAUAAAGCAGAAAGAGCAUAAUGCCUUUUUAUAUUGUAAUUUUGUAUGGCUUAAAAUGCCUCUUUAUAAAUGUUUAAUUAAAAUAUGAGAUGAUA